UCCAGGCCCAUCACAAGAGUUUUGGCAAGUGUUUAUCUUGUUUUUUAUUGUGUCAUGUGUGGAACCAAGUCAAGCAAAAGUCUGGUUCUGUUGGAGCUUUUUUUCUUUUCUUAAAAUGUACAAAAAGAUAUAAUUUAUAAAUAAUCUAUUUCUAAAAACAAAUAAAGCGUUUUUACAACUCAAAAUAUUAUUCUAAGUCGCCAGUAAAGCAGGAAGAACAACAAGAAGCUUUUAUGUUGAAGGCGUUAACCCGGAAGUAGCUAGCCUGCUAGCAGCGGAGCGGUGCCCGCGGCUGUCUCCCCGCUCUGCUUUGUCCUGCCUCCCCGUCUGUCACAGGUCAACAGUUCUCCCUGUGUGGCGUCCCUGAGGCCUGAGUGGUGGGCGGACGUGCGCGUCGCUGUGGGACACGGCUCGUCACGCCGAGACGGCGUCCGUUACACGCGGUGAGAUGCCAAGAGAGUCGCGCGUCGCGGACUCGUAGCUCGUCGCCGUUCAUUGAUAGCGGAGCGUCGGCGCUGACGCCUGUGGAGCGUCCGCAUCACCUGCUCGCUUUGCUACGCCUCACUGGCCAGAUGUUGGUCUCGUCGUGACGUUGCAUCCGACCACGUCGGGGAUGACUGCGGACUGACACCGUCGGUGUUAUCACAAGGAUCGCUGUGUUACAGGUGUGAAAAGUAAGUGUCAUGACUGGAGCAGAGACUGAGGAUGACAUUCCAUUAAAUGAGAGAAAGACUGUCACAGAUUUCUGCUAUCUUCUGGACAAGUCCAAGCAGCUCUUCAAUGGACUGAGAGACCUUCCUCAGUAUGGACACAAGCAGUGGCAGUCCUACUUCGGCCGAACGUUUGAUGUCUACACGAAGCUGUGGAAGUUUCAGCAGCAGCACAGGCAAGUUCUGGACAGUCGGUACGGUCUGAAGAGAUGGCAGAUUGGGGAGGUGGCCUCCAAAAUUGGACAGCUUUACUACCACUACUACCUUCGUACCUCAGAAACCAGUUACCUGAACGAGGCCUUUUCCUUCUACUCAGCCAUCCGUCAGCGGUCCUACUACUUUCAGGUCAACAAAGAGGACAGGCCAGAAUUAGUGGUAAAGAAGCUCCGGUACUAUGCCCGUUACAUAGUGGUCUGUUUACUUCUCAACAAGAUGGAUCUCGUCAAAGUUCUGGUGAAGGAGUUGUCUGAGGAAAUUGAAGAUUACACACAACGAUUCAACACCGAGGACCAGCUGGAAUGGAAUCUGGUGUUACAGGAAGUGGCAGCUUUUGUAGAGGCAGACCCAGUAGUUAUUCUGAAUGACAACAACUCUGUUGUCGUCAUUGGCAAUCGACUGCAGGAGGGAAGUGUGCCUCCACUGGAACAAGGCAUGGUGGUGGGCCAGCUCGUCCUUGCAGACGCACUAAUCAUCGGCAAUUGUAACAACCAGGUGAAGUUCAGUGAGUUAACCAUCGAUAUGUUCCGCAUGCUUCAAGCUUUGGAGAGGGAACCUGUGAACCUGGCCGCUCAGACCUUUAAACAGGGAACACUGGAACCCAGCGAGAAACCAGCCAAAAGAGAAAAUCCUCACAAGUAUUUGCUGUACAAGCCAACUUUCAGCCAGCUUUUUACCUUCAUGUCGGCCUCUUUUAAGGAGUUGCCUGCUAAUAGUGUUCUUCUCAUCUACCUGUCGGCUACUGGAGUCUUCCCCACCGGGCAUUCAGAUUAUAAAGGACCGUAUGACUUUGGAGGUGUUCUUACAAAUACAAAUCGAGAUGUGGUAAAUGGAGAGACCGUGCAGAAGAGGAAUCAGGCUCAGAAAGAAAUGCACUGCCUCCACCCAGGAGACCUACUGCCUUUUACACGAAAGCCACUUUUUGUCAUUGUGGAUUCUUCCAACAGCACAGCCUACAAGAAAUUCACAAAUUUGUUUGGCCAGCCUCUGGUGUGCCUACUGUCACCUUCAGUGUAUCCCAAAAGUGUACAAGAUCAGUCUCAGCGAGGGAGCCUCUUCACUCUCUUCCUCUACAGCCCUCUCCUGGCCUUCUCCUCCAUCUGUGGACUGAACAGCCUGCGACGAGGGCUGUGGGAGAGGGCCCAAGAGUUUCUACGCAAAAUCUAUCGUGACAUCGGCCAGAUGAUAACUCGAUCGCGGACCAUAGAUCAAGCCUUUCUGCAAUUCUUCGGCGACGAGUUUCUUCGGCUCCUGCUGAUCCGUUUCGUGUUCUGCUGUGCCACGUUGAGGCUACACAAGCUUUUUCGAGAGGCUCAGAGCUUUCCAGAGUCCUACCCUGAGCUCCCCAAGCAAGACACAGUGGAAAGCAGUGUGCUCCAGAAGCAUGUCUUGGAACUGGCAGCCAUGUUGGAUGUGCAGAGCCUCUUCUGGGACGAUUCAGUGGACUCCUACUAAGGUCAUCCCAGGAGGGCAAAGGGACUCACCUGCCAGAGGCGUCACAGCUGGCUUUGCUUUGUUUGCGAAUAAUCAGAUAAUUCAUCGGGUACAUGUGAGUCCAUGUCCUGUGUUAGUCCAACAUCGACACAUGGACGUUUGACAGCUGAUUAGCGUCAAUUCCCCAGUUUAAGUCUCAACAGUCCCCUGAAGAAGAGGCUUUAUGCUAAACAAAUCCCUUCAAAUUUAAUGUUUGUGCAAUUUAAUGUUUAGAGUAGAUUUUUCUUGAGCAGAAUGAGACGCUGCUUGUCACACAUCAUGUUCUUUCUCAUAUCACUGUGCCAUAUAAAAACCAGUCUGACUGUCACUUUUACAAUUCCCUGUCAUUGUAGCCAGUCUCAUGUGCGUCUCAUAACUUCUGCAAAUAUGCAGAUAAAUUAAUUUUUUUAAUUGUUACAGCAUCUUAAGUUCAUAAUUUGUGAUAACCGAGUAUUCGAAAAAGAAGAAGAAGAACUUUUCAGAUGCAGUCACAAAUAAUUUAUUACUACCUACUGUAAAUUAUUUAUAUAUAAUAUACAUUUGGUGCUCUGGUAUUUGUAGCAGCGGGAGAGUUUAUUCUGACCCUAAGUGUUGGCUUGAAUUGUUCCAGUGUUACCUUCCAAACAUUGUGUCAUAUGUGGGACGGUGCUGAGAGCUCAACGGCCCUGAUCUAAAUGAGAGUUCAGUCAGGCUGGGCACAAAGGCAAGAACACUGUGUUACGUGUUCUUACAAUAUUCUAUUUAUUGAAUUGUUAGAAUUUGUAUGUAAAUAAAGUCAGACAAUGUUUGGUUCAGUAUAAAAUGUGCCAGCUGGCAUCGGUUCCAGCUCACGACGCAUUACUUUAAAUGGGAUGUCGUUAAACAUUAAGAAGGAGCUAAAUGUUAACAUGGCCACUUUGUUCUAAGGCCAGAUUUCUUAAAGGGUUUUCUUUUUCCAACUUUGCAAGGAAAACCACGGUUUUGUCCAUGUUUCAUUUGUCAGAGAAAAUGAGCCAUUUCUACAGUUUCUUCUCUUUGUGUUGUAGUAAUAACUUUUCUGUGCCCUUGUAUUGACAGUUACGAUGUUGUGGGCUUGCACUUUAUGACGUUUAAUAUUGAUGUAACCUUGUUUGUUGUGUAUUAGAAGAAAAAAGGGAGAGAAUCUUCCCACGUUCUUGUUCUUCACACUUGUCUGCUUUUUACACUAUUGAACAGUUUUUUACUGAGAAAACAUUGAGACAGUAACUGAAACAUC